GUUAUGCCUGUCAAAAAAUGUGAUGAGCACGAAGAAGCUCCGAACACCCUCGGAAGUCGUUCGAAAGACUCGAUCCCUUCUUCUUUACUCCAAGAACUCUCUUGAUGUCGGCUCGCAGUCUACAGAACUGAGCUCAUUAAUAAGGGAACUAAAGUUGAUUCUUUACGGAGAUGAUUACUCUGAGCCUUCUACCGAAGCCUGUGCACAAUUAACUGUGGAGUUCUUUAAAGAAGACACGUUACGUCUACUCAUUAUCUUUCUUCCCAAGUUGAACUUGGAGGCCCGUAAAGAUGCCACACAAGUCGUUGCGAGUCUGCAAAGGCAACCUUUGCCAUCACGCUUCGAGGUUUCGAGAUAUUUGGAAGCUAAUCUUGAUCUUUUAGACAUUCUCAUAUCAGGGUAUGAGGAUCCUCAAUUGGCUCUUCAUUAUGGUAGGAUGUUGAAGGAGUGCCUACGUCAUCAAAUUGUUGCAAGUUACUUACUAGAACCGAAUCAACUCAAGAAACUUUUUGGUUACAUACAACAUCCAAGUUUUGAUAUUGCUGCAGAUGCAGCAGAUGCAUUCAAGGAUCUUUUGACUAGACAUAAGUCUACUGUGUCUGAAUCCUUGUCCAAAAACUAUUGUUGGUUUUUCACUGAAAUGAACGAAAAGCUACUGAAAUCUGAAAACUACAUCACCAGAAGACAAGCUGUUAAGCUACUCGGAUGCAUAUUGCUUGAUCGUUCGAAUUCUUGUGUUAUGACGCGAUAUGUGAGCUCAAAAGAUAACCUGAUAAUUCUAAUGAAUCUUCUAAGGGAUCAAAGUAAGAAUAUCCAGAUAGAUGCUUUUCAUGUGUUUAAGCUAUUUGUAGCAAAUGAAAAUAAGCCUCCUGAAAUAGUGAGCAUACUUGUUACAAACCGAAGCAAGCUUCUACGUUUACUUAGCGCUUUCGUCUAUACAGACGAUGAAGUGUUUGAGACAGACAAAAUUCAGGUGGUAAAUAAACUUGUUGUGCUGGAGCUUCAAGACUAAGAGACACAUUAUUCUAAAUUUUUAUGAAAUCAUGUACGAGUAUGAAGGAUAAUAUUCAUAAAAUGUGAAACCUAACUAACAACUUCUACAA